AUGAAGUUCACUCUCAUCACCGCUAUUGCCACUCUCGCUACCGUUGUAGCUGGCACACCGACUAUGUCUGCGCUUGAGGCACGAGAGGCUGAGGCGGAAGCUGCUGGACUUGUUCCUCGUGCUUGCCCUGGAGCCCGCUCUGGAUGCCGUCUUGAUUGGGCUAAGAAGUGCGAGUGGUACUGCCAGAACCGCGGUGGUUUCUUGGUUAUGGAGUCGUGCUACCUGGGAUUUAGCAGGUGCUGCUGCAGGAACUAA